CUCACAAUGACCACCUCUACCACCUGGGACAAGACUGCUGCCGACAAGCGUGCGGCCCGUGACGCCCUCAUCCCCAAGGAGUGGCUCGUCCAGGUCGCCGACGAUGUCGUUGAUGUCAUGGACGUCCCGGCCAAGUCAGGCGUGCUCUCCGCCGCUGAGCUUGACAUCACCGAAACCGACGCGGCCACCCUUAUCAGGAAGAUGGUUGGCAAGGAACUCACGUCUGAGGCUGUUACGGUCGCAUUCUGCAAGCGCGCCGCCAUCGCCCAGCAGCUGACCAACUGCCUCACUGAAAUCUUUUUCGAGCAGGCUAUCGCCGAUGCUAAGAAGAUUGACCAGGAGUAUGCCCAGUCCGGCAAGCCGGCUGGUCCCCUCCACGGCCUCCCCGUCUCGCUCAAGGACAACUUCAAUGUCAAGGGGUUCGACACCACUGUUGGCUUCAUCGCAUGGUGCAACGACCCCGCUAAGAUCGACUCGGAGCUUACCAAGCUUCUUCGCGAGCAGGGUGCCGUGCUCUUCUGCAAGACUAAUGUUCCUACCGCUAUGAUGAUCGCAGAGUCGUACAACAACGUCUGGGACUACACCUGCAGCCCAUGGAACCGCAACACGUCGUCGGGCGGCUCGUCGGGCGGCGAGGGUGCUCUCCUGGCCUUCAAGGGCUCGCCGCUUGGCGUUGGCACUGACAUUGGCGGUUCGAUCCGUAUCCCCUGCGCGCUUUCUGGCAUUUACGGCCUCAAGCCCUCUUUCGGCCGCUUCCCAACCUAUGGCGCCCGCUCGGGCAUGCCCGGCCAGGAGGCCGUCCGCUCAAUCAACGGCCCGAUGUCUGCGUCGCUCGAGGCGUGCCAGCUCUUCUCCAAGACGGUCGUGGACUCGCAGCCAUGGCUCCGCGACCCCUACUGCCUCCCCAUCCCCUGGCGCGAGGUUGAGCUGCCGCAGCAGCUCGUCUUCGGCAUCAUGAUGGACAACGGUAUCGUCCGCCCCACGCCCCCCGUCACCCGUGCUCUGUUGGAGACGAAGAAGGCACUCGAGGCGGCCGGCCACAAGGUCAUUGAGUGGACGCCGUACAACCUCGAGCAGUCCAAGAGCCUGAUCGAGCGCUUCUUCGUCGGCGACGGCGGCGCCAAGAUCUCUGAGACGAUUGCUGCCGGGCCGGAGCCAUGGCCCAAGGGGCUCACGACGUACCAGGCGGCCGCGGAGAAGUCCAAGGCCUCGCCCCCAUUGGUAGGCGACCUCUGGAGCCUCCAGGCCGAGCGCAGCGCCUACACCAAGGGCAUGCUCGACGCGUGGAACGCGACCGCCGAGAUCACGGGCACCGGGCGUCCGAUUGACGGCCUCAUCUCCCCCGUCACCGCGUACGCAUCGUGCCCGCGCUACACCUUCGCCCACGUCACGUACACCUCGGUGUGGAACAUCACCGACCAAAGCGCGGCCGUGUUCCCCGUCACGCGGGUGACUGAGAGCGACGUUCGCCCGGGCGACCUCGGCGAUUUCCGCAACGACGAGGAGAAGGCCGUUUGGGACUCGUAUGACCCCAAGGUCGUGCUCGGUGCCCCUGUCGGUUUGCAGGUUGUUACCCGCCGCCUCGAGGAGGAGAAGGCCCUCGCAUUGGCGGGCGUGGCCGCAAAGGCGCUCGCCAAGUAAGCCAGUUAGUUUCAUUGGAUGUAUUUUUGUUG